UCCACAUCUACAUUAGGUGUACUGAUUGAGAGACACAACAGAGUUUUUUGGUUUUCUGACAACAUCGAAACACUUUUCUCCUUUAUUGCCUUGAUGCAAGUUAUUUGGAAUACUCUAGUUAUUUGCAGCUUAGGAUUUAUUAUUAUAAUUUCGUUUUAUAUUGAGACUGGUGUCAUAACAAUAUUAAAAUCAAUUUUUGCUUAUCUUGCUGUGAUAUUAGAAGUUUUCAUCCUAUGUUUUGCUGGAGAAUAUCUCAAUCUGAAGAGUAAAUCAAUCGCUGAUGCAGCAUACGAGUCAUUUUGGUAUGAUUUACCGUUAAAUCAAAGAAAAAUUUUGAUGUUCGUAAUAAUGAGAUCUCAAAAACAACUCAUGAUCACGGCAGGGAGAAUCACAAGUUUAUCUUUAACCACAUUUACGAGUAUCAUAAAAGCAUCAGCAUCGUACGUAUCUGUCUUACAUGCAAUGUAUUAA